CCUCUAGUUAGUCGCCCGAGCGCGGUCCUGCGGCUGCGGUGUUGCACAGAGUUUGUGCACAAUUGCGCAAAGCUUGCACGGUGCACGGGAUUGCGACACGAGACGCGGCAAUGGGUGGAUGAUUCAAGUGGCGCGUCCGUGUCCGGCUGGGGGCGCAGCACGGGCCUCGGAGCUUGGAAGCGGGCGAGGCGGGGCGAGAGCGAGGCGGGGGGGGGGGGCGUGGAUCGCGUGGAGACGAGGAAGACAGAGGAUUCACGAGGAGACAAGGGGAGGAAUCGAUCCUUCCAAGUGUUGCUGGGUCGGGGGUCGCGGAUCGACUGUACGUGCCGCUCGGCCGUUCGGGAGCUGGGAGAUGAGGGAGAGGGGGCCGUGCCGUGUGCUGUGUGGGCGCAGGGGAGGCGCGAGAGGGCGAUCGGGUGAUAGGGAGAUGGAUGCAGCACCUGCCGAUCGGGGAUCCGGGGGUUGCAAGUUGGGAAGCAAAGGGGGGAGACCGGGGAGAAGUGUUGGUUUGCUGCGGCUGCGGAGUGAUGCGUGGGGAUGCGAUGAAGACUCUGCACGGCGAUAUGUGGGGCGUCAGAUGCCGUUGAUGAUCAGAUCCUGCACGAGAGUGCAGUGCAGGAUGUAGGAUGAGAGGGAACGGCCGCGUGGGGCGAGGGCGCAGGGAGGCGGAGGGCGCAGGGGCGUGGGGCGUGGGUGGAGAUGAGGGAGGAAAUGGAGAUA